AUGCGCCAGUCAACCACACCACAACCGGCUGGACCAGAGAGCCUUUCUUCUUCAAGGGUCUCUAAACUCGCCAGAAGACCACACCGAAAGUCAAGGAAUGGAUGCUUCAACUGUAAGAGAAGAAAAGUCAAGUGCGACGAGGUGAAACCUGCGUGCGCCAACUGCGUACGCUUUGGUAUUCCCUGCGAUUUUGCACCACAACCAUUAUCUAGCGAUGAUUCAGCUCAUCAGAGAUCUCCUCCGGAGAUUCUUUCAGUCCUGGCGGAACCUGCUGCGACACCACGUCGAGGCCCUGGCAGGCCACGCAAGGACUGGGCCGCUCUCACGCGACCACCACCGCCGCCUCCGGCAUCAACAUCAGACAGAGCGACGACAUCUCCAUCUUCCACUUCAGCCACUCCAGCUUCCUCGUCUACGAUAUCAAACUCCCAGAUAUGCUCCCUUAAUGUUGCUGACGCAGAGCUGCUAUUCCACUUUAUGGCCAAUACCUCGAAGACAUUACAUGAUGCUGAUGACCCUGCUGACGACAUCGCAUCGUUUUGGGCCAAGAACGUCCCCCAGAUUGGUCUCUCUUACCACUUUGUCCUUCAUAUGAUGUAUGCCCUGGCUGGGUAUCAUCUUGUUUAUCAAGAACCGAAGGGGACGGAACGGCAUUCCCAAAACCUCGCUCUUGCAGCACAUCAUGCCGAGCUUGGCAUAUCUGAGAUGAAUAGAACGAUAACAAACCUCAGUGAGACAAAUUGCGGUGCACUAUAUGUCGCUGCAGUUCUCGUCUGCUAUUGUACAUUUGCUGCCGGGCCGACGGGCCCUGAUGACCUGCUGGUAUGCGUCGUGGGCGAUGGAAUUUCGCAAAGGUGGCUUCCAGUUAUUCACGGCGUUCGCUUGAUUCGGCAGAGCAUUGAACCAGCAACGCUCUUCACAGGUCUCAUGGCACCUCUGGGCGGCGGCGGCGCAAAGCCAGAACUAGAAGACCCACGACCCGAAUACCUGGUGAAGGGGUUCUCUCACCUGGACUGGGUUGAACCUCUCGAGAGGCUUAGAGUGUGGAUCGCAUCCCACGAGAAUCCAGACACCGCUUUAUAUCUGAGAGUUCACAAGUCGCUUUGUGAUGUAUACGAAGCCAAUUAUGGCAACUUAAAAGGGGUUAUCGAAGUCCCCAUCUCCAACAAACUUGUGUUUGGGUGGCUUUACCGGAUGCAAGACUUAUUUGUCGGGUGUCUUCAGCGUAAAGCGCCACAGGCCCUACUUCUUUUGGCAUACUACGUCCCAUUAUUCAAGACAAUGAAGGAGUGUUGGUAUAUCCCUACAGCCUGA